AUGCACAGAGCCGGUGGCAACGACGCCGCGUUCAACGCAAUGAUCACACAAGGCAACAGCACGCAGGGCUACGAACCCUACCUCGCCCACCGAUUCUCUCCGGAUCCCUCCUCGCUGAAGUCCCCCGGACAGCUGGUGGUGCAAUUGGAGGGCGUCAUGGUCGUAAAGAACAACCGAGGCGUGUGGAAGAACGUGUGA